GCUGCUGCUGCUGCUGCGAGGCGGAGGAGGAGGAGGAGGAGGAGGAGGAGCAGGCUGAGCACAGCGAGAGGAGAGCCCGCCGCGGUGGGCUCCGGCGAGUGGGCAACGGCGAGCCAUGGAGGGCGACGUGCGUGUUCGCGCCGUGGUGAUGACACGUGACGACUCCAGCGGCGGCUGGGUCCCACUGGGCGGGGGCGGCCUCAGUCACGUGGUCAUAUGCAAGGGGCGAGGCAACAAGCGGAGGGAGUAUGUCAUACGCGGGGAGAGGCUGCGGGACCGAGCGCCGGUGUUGGAGUGUGCUGUGCAAAGGGGCCUGGUCUACAACAAGGUGAACCCCAUCUUUCAUCACUGGCGGGUGGACGAGCGCAAGUUCGGCCUCACCUUCCAGAGUCCAGCCGACGCCAUCUCCUUCGAGAAGGGUCUGCAGGCCGUCAUCGACAAGCUGGACCGAGGCUCGGACUCACCCUCGUCCUCCACACCGGAGGAGGCAGACACAGAGGACGACGGGCAAGCUUCCCAUACAGGCAGCGAGUCGUCAUCCAACAGCAGGAAGGAGAUGCUUCCUAAGCCCAUCACCAUUGUUACCAGCGAGUCGUCCUCCGCCUGCUUCGUGCGGACCGAGGAGUUCGCUUUCACAUCUGGUGGAACCACACAGACGCCUGCCCAGAUCCACGCCAGGCCGGGACAACACCAGGUCUCACAAAUGACCGCUGCCUUGAGUCCCCCAUCACCACCAUCCCAGCCUCCCGCUCUGCCGUCCCCACCCCCAGGCCCCCCGGCCUCGUCGCCACUGUCCCCCCUCUCGCCAACCCUUUCCCUGCUGGAGGAGGGGGACCUGCGCAGUGUGGAUCCCUGCAAGGACCUGUGGGGGUCCAGAGGAUAUGAGGACUAUCGACGAGCAGGGGCCACUAGGACUAUGGUUGGGGGGCUGACUGGAGGCGUCGUUGUAGGUAGCGGGGGGAGCCUGCAGGACAAGUCCGAGCUGUGUGUGGUCCGCUUUGAGAAGGAGAUGUCCGGGGUGGGCACAGGGGGCUGCGACGUUACGGUGAGUCUGGACAGCAAGGCGGCCCAGCGUCUGUCCUCGUCCUCACCCACCUGCAUGUCCAUCCCCAACAUUGUGUCCGACGUGUCCUCAGGGGCCGGCUCCCCCCAGGAGACUGGCAAAGGCUCCCCUUCGCCCUGCUGCAUACACACCUCCCUGGCCACGCCCCGCUCGCGGACUCGUAAGAGGGGCGGCGGGACCUGUGGGGACCCGGGCGCCAUCUCCCCCGACGAUGACAGCCCGUGCCCGCAGGGAUCGUCGUCGUGCUCGUCCCGCUGUGUGUACUGCCGCUCGGUGUUCAGCGCCUCGGAGAACGGCCGGGGCCGCUGCAGGGAUGCCCCGGACCCGGCCCUGCACUGCCUCCGCCAGUGGACCUGCGUGUGGUGUGCAGAGAGCCUGCUCUACCACUGCAUGUCGGACUCCGAGGGCGAGUUCUGGGAGCCGUGCUCGUGUGACGACUCCAUGGGGGGCCAUCUGCACCCCCUAUGCUGUGCUCGUUGGCUGGCCCUUGUGGCCCUGUCGCUCUUCGUGCCCUGCAUGUGCUGCUACCUGCCUUUGCACGCUUGCCUGCGUUGCGGCGAGCGGUGUGGCUGCUGCGGGGGAAAGCACAAGGCGGUCCGAUGAGACCAGGCUUCGGGCGAGAAGUGAGAGGGGCACCCCGACGUGGGGCCCAUUGUUAUUUUCUGAAGCCCCCCAAAGCCUUCCACUGCAUUCCGCUUUUUCUCUUUUCAACCCGGGGGGCCUUCUUGGACUGGGGGUGUAUCGCACUCGGACCACCUUUCACGGAGCCUUUCAUUGUGGAUCCAAGCCGAUGUCCAGUUGGUGACCCCGAGACUUAACGCAAGAAUGAGGGUUGGUAAUAAUCACGUGUAUGUUGUUUUGAAAUGCCCGUUUGGAAAGAAAAAAACUAAACAUUUUACAGACACUGCCCAAUUUAUGAAGCUCCAUAAGGCUGUUUAUAACACGUUAUUUUGCAAUUUUUAUAUUGUCACUACGUAUUCCUUAGUGCCUAUUGAAAACUUAGUCAAUACAGUCUCAGUAGCACAGUGUUUCUCAACCUUUAUUGUGCCAAGGCAUAUAUUUUAUACAAACCCCAGUUCAAAUGAAGUUGGGACGUUGUGGAAAACAGAAUACAAUGAUUUGCAAAUCCUGUUCAACCUAUAUUCAAUUUAAUACACUACAAAGACAUUUAAUGGUCAAACUGAUGAACGUUAUUUUUUUGGGGGGCAAAUAUUCUUUCAUUUUGUAUUUGAUGCCUGCAACACGUUCCAAAAAAGCUGCGACGGGGGCAACAAAAGACUGGAAAAGUUGACGAAUGCUCAAAAAUCCCCUGUUUGGAAAAUUCCAUAGUUGAACAGGUUAAUUGGAAACAGGUGAGUGUCAUAAUUGGGUAUAAAAAGGAGCAUCCCCAAAAGGUUCAGUUGUUCACAAGAAAGGAUAGGGCCAAGUUCCCCACUUUGUCAACAACUGUGUGAGAAAAUACUCCAACAGUAGAAAAACAUUUCUCAAUGUACAAUUGCGAGGAAUUUAGGGAUUUCAUCACCGACGGUGCAUAAUAUAAUCAAAACAUUCAGAGAUUUUGGAGAAAUCAAUGCACGUAAGUGGUAAGGCUGAAAACCAACACUGAAUGCCCAUGACCUUUGAUCCCUCAGGUGGCACUGGAAUAAAAAAAAGCAUCAGUGUGUAAAGGAUAUACAGUCCUGACCCGUCUCCCAUUGUUGCAGGCAUCAAAUUCAAAAUGAGUGAACAUUUGGAACAAACAAUCAAGAUGAUCAAUUUGAACAUUAAAUAUCUUGUCUUUUUUAUGUAUUCAAUUGAAUACACAGUGCUGUGAAAAAGUAUUGGCCCCAGAAUCUGUCCUGACAAAAUGUAGUCGGACAAAAUAUCUAAAAAAAGCUGCAAAAAAAAAAUUACAGCAUCCACAACAGUCGAGAAAUACAGUAAUUGACUAUCAGUCUGAAAAGCGUUACAAAAGCCAUUUCUAAAGCUUUAGGAUUGCAGCGAACCACAGGGAGAGCUAUUUUCCUCACAUGGAGAAAACAUGGAACAGUUGUGAACCUUCACAGGAGUGGCCGGCCUACAAAGAUAACCCUAAGAAAAAGCAAAAACUCAUCUAGGAGGCCACAAAGGAACUCAGGACAACUUCUAAAGAACUGCAGGGCUCCCUUGCUUCAGAUAAGGUCAGUGUUCAUGACACAACAAUAAGGAAGAGACUGGGCAAAAAUGGCAUCCAUGUCAGAGUUCCAAGGUGAAAACCACUGCUGACCAAAAAGAACAAAGGCUCAUCUUUAAAAAAAAAAUCAGAAUGAUUCCCAAGACUUUUGGGAGAAUAUUAUAUGGACUGAUGAGACGAAAGUUGAGUUUUUUGGAAGGCGUGUGUCUCGUUACAUCUGGCGUAAAUGUAGCAAAACAUUUCAGAAAAAGAACAUUAUACCAACAGUCAAACGUGGUGGUCUUAGUGUGACCGUCUUGGGCUGCUUCCCUCCUUCAGGACCUGGACAACUUGCUGUGAUUGAUGGAACCAUGAAUUCUGCUAUUUAACAGAGAAUCCUGAAGGAGAAUGUUCAGCCAUAAGUUUGCGACCUCAAGCUUAGCGUACUUUGGUUCUGCAGCAGGAUAAGGAUCUGAAACACCCCAGCAAGUCAACUGCUGAAUGGCCUUAAAAAAACUAAAUAAAGGUUUUGGAGUGGCUUAGUCAAAGUCCAGAAUUCAAUUGAGGUGUAGCAACAUGACCUUAAAAAGGCCGUUUAGGCUUGAAAACCCUUAAUUGUUGCUGAAUUGAAACAAUUCUGCAAGGAAGAGUGGGCCAAAAUAUCUCCACUGAGAUGUGAAAGACUCAUUGCCAAUUAUAGAAAAUGCUUGAUUUCAGUUUUUGCUGCUGAGGAUGGCCCACCAGUUAUUAGGUUUACGGGGCCAUUACUUUUUCAUAAAGGGCCAGGUAACUUUGAAUAGUUUUAAUAAAUUAAAUCACCAUUUAAAAACAGCACUUGUUCAAGUACAAGUUCACUUGGGUUAUCUGAUAUUUACAUUUUUUGGGUCAUCUUAAUCAUUAAGGUGGGGAAACUCUGCAAAAAUAUAAAAAGUUAGAAGGAGGCCAAUACUUUUUCACGGCACUGUAGGUUGUAAAGGAUUUGCAAAUCACUCUAUUCUCAUUUUAUAUACUUUUUUCACAAUAUCCCAACUACAUUGGAAUUGGGGUUUGUACUACAAAAUUCUCACAAAAUGUCACAAAAAGUAAGGAAAAUGAAAUAAUGAUUCUGUCAACUGACUCACCAAUGUACUUAUUGUGAAAUCUCGGCCUGCUUAGUUGAACACAAAGCUAUUACAGUGAAUUCUAUUUGCGUGGGCAAGAGAAAAGGCCCUGCCGCGAAUAGCAAAAACCAGCGAGUAGGUAACACUUCGCCUAAAAUGUUAACUGCCUGUAGAUGCCAGAAGAUAGCAGCGAAGCACAACUGUUGUCGAAAUUAAGCUCCUCAAUUCACUUCAACAUACAGCGGCUGAAAUAAGUAUUUAACACGUUACCAUUUUUCUCACUAAAUAUACUUCCAAAGGUGCUAUCGACCUAAACAUUUCAGCAGAUGUUGGGAGCAACCCAAGUAAUCCAUACAUACAGAGAAAGAAGAACAAAUAAGAUCAGAAAUUAAGUGCGUAAAAAUGUGAAAUGACACCGGGAAGAAGUAUUGAACACAUGAGCAAAGGGAGGUGCAAAAAGGCAUGGAAAGCCAAGACAACACCUAAAAUCUAUCAAUAAUCAAACAGCAAUCCAGCCCCUUGUCAGUGCAAAUGAAUAUCAGCUGGUUCAGUCCUAAUUGAUGGCCUGCAAAAACGUCUCAUUGCCAAUCUGCGAGUCAAGACACAUCUCAUGAUGGGCAAACUAAUUGUUGCAAAACAUAACGAUGGCAUUGGUUUCAGGCGCAGAUCUAAGAUUCUGAACAUUCCAGUGAGCACGGUUGGGGCCAUAAUAAGUAGUAAGUGGAAAGCCAAUCAUACCACCAUAAAUUUGCCUCGAUCAGGUGCUCCUUGCAGGAUUUCUGAUAGAGGAGUGCAAAGAAUAAUCAGAAGAGUUGUCCAAGAGCCAAGGACCACAUGUGAAGAGCUUCAAAAAGACCUGGAAUUAGUGAGUAAUGCGCUCCGCCGCCAUGGCCUGUAUGCACGCUCACCACGCAAGUCCCCAUUACUGAAAAAAAAAAAGAAUGUCAAAGCUUGUUAAAAGUUUGCUGAAAAACAUUUGGACAAGCUAGUUAAAUACUAGGAGAAUAUAGUCUAGUCGAAUGAGAGCAAAAUUUAACUGUUUGUAAGCCAUAAUGCACACCAGUUUGGAGGAGAAAUGGCACUGCACAUCACCCUAAAAACACCAUGAAGUUCAGAGGUGGGAACAUGAUGGUGUGGGGCUGAUUUCCAUCAAAUGGUACUGGUAAACUUCACAUUAUUGAAGGAAGGAUGACUGGGCAAAUGUACUGAGACAUUCUUGGCAAAAAUCUGCUGCCAUCUUCGAGGAUGAUGAAAAUUAAACGAGGGUGGACAUUUCAGCAGGAUCAUGAUCCAAAACAUACUGCCAAGGAAACUCUGUUGGUUUCAAAGAAAAAAAAUACAGCUGCUAGAAUGGAAUCACACCAGAGCAAUGCCUGCGACUAGUUUCUCUAUACAGGAGGCAUCUUGAGCCUGUCAUUGAAACAAAGGCUUUUGUACAAAGUAUUAAAUAAAGACCAGUUGGUGUGCUCAAUACUUUUCCCUGUGUCAUUUCACAUUAUUACACACAACCUAAUUUCUGAUCUUAUUUGUUCUACUUUCGUUUGUAUGUAUGGAUUACUUGAGUUGUUCCCGACACCUGGUGAAAUUUCCAGGUCAGUAGCACCUUUGGAAAUAUAUUUAAUGAGAAAAAUGGUUACGUGUUAAAUACUUAGUUCAGCCGCUGUAGUUGCUUGGCACCAAGAUGAUCUCUCACGGCACAGUGGCUGGGAAUCACUGCAGUAGUGUACGGUUCUUUAUAUUAAAAUGUUUUAAUAAUAAAUAGUGCAAUACAGUUCAGUCUUAACAUGAGGCCAUACAUGAGAACGACCAAUCUUGUUUGAUUUCGGAAGCUAAGCAUGUUCAAGCCUGGUUAGUACCUACGCCAGUCAUUUAGUCAGUUAGUUACCCAAGCCAAAACUUCAUCCAAAACCAGCAAACUCGAAUAGGAAGCUUGGAUGAAGACGGUCGUAAAAUGGUCCUACCUUUAAAAUUACAAUUGACAGGGUUGUCAACUUUAUACUCAUCAUCAUCAAAUGCUUGUUCAGUCAGGGUUUCUUCAGUGGGGGGUUCUUUAUUGUUAAAGGAGCCUUUUGAGGUCUGAAGAAAUGAUCCAAGGAAAUUUGCAACAUUUUCCUCUUCUCAUUGUAAAUACAUUGGUAGCAUUAUAUGCAGUCCUUAGCAAAAAUCUCUCCACUCCUGGUCCGGUCCUGAUGACUCUCCAAAAGAGAAAAUGCUUCAGCCAUGACUUUCGUCUCGGCCAUCUUGGACGGAACAGGUUCCUCUUCUUCUUGCUCUUCACUACGCUUAAUAUCUUCCAAUUGAUUUCAGUGCUGCCUGGCAAAGGUUGUGGGAAAACUUCGUACUAAACUGAAGGUGCGAAACCUUAAAUGCUGACUUGUGGAAGCGUGUCCAAAAUGUUCGUAAGUUGGGGAGUGUCUGUAAUUGGUUAUUAUUUUAUUAAAUAUGACGAUGAGUCCUCCCCUCCAGUGGCACAAACAAACUCACAGGUCCUCGAGGAGUUCGGUGUUAGCCUGUGUCAUAUGACAGACGUUGCCCUUUACCUCUGACUUUACCUCACGGCUGAAAAAAAACAAAACUACGAGAGACCAAGCCUUGGAGAAAAUGUAUUUGACAAACGCAUGAGGACAAUUAUUAGUAGGGCGGAAGUGGCAAUGACAACCACUGGACGUAACACCAUGCGUCACUGUAAUGAGAAUAAAGAAAGCGUGUUAAAACACCUUCACAUCUUCCCAUCACCUCGCCACCUCGCCCCAAAAAACUUAACCAACUUAAUCCAUGGACGCGUGCGUCAACACCUCCACCCAAAAGAUUUAAAAAAAACAAAAACAAAAACUAGUGCAAUGAACACUGUCUUAAAGAAUAUUUUUGUACGUCAUGUUAGGGGAAAAGUGUGGUAACCAACUCCUGUCAUGUGUUGUUGUGACCAAUAGGUAGAGGCCGCAACGCUACGCCCAGAGAAUCAAAUGAGAUCCAAUACAAGAGCUCUAUUGACACAUGACAUAUAU